AGUUCAGUUAGGUUCAAAUUGAGGGUAAAGUCGCUGGGCGAAAGUGGUGACUCGCCAAUCAGUCUAGGCCGACGAAUUCUAUACCUACAAAUUGACGACUAACAUAGUCGACAUCAACAUGUCGGUUCUUGGAUCACAGUCAGGUCUUUCCGAACAAACGUUAUCGGAUGCAGAUGACAGCAAUGUCCCAAUGCAGCUUCUGAUGGAGACUAUAGAUAGACGAAAGGCACAGAACCGCAUCGCCCAGAGAAAGCAUAGUCAGUCCCCUCCAACUUUUCCGAGCCAACCUCACAGCAUCGCUCUCAUCCGUCCAUGUUCUCGUCAAUCCAUGUGUGAAUAAAAUGAUUGAGUAAUAAAAAAAAUAGGACAAAAGCUCAAGAAACGUAUCGAGGAACUGGAGUUGCAACUGGAGUACGCGAAUUUCAACUACCGACCAAUCGUUCAAAAAACAACACCUCACCCUAUACCAAUGGCUGUACCGUCGUAUUCGAAUUCAACGGAGGAAAACAUAUUACCCCAUCUUGACCACAUCGAGAAUCUCUUUACAAAAUCUAACGGUCAAUUGGGAAGCUUUUGGAAUGCCCAAGAACAUAGCUCAUUGUCUGGGGUCUCGCCUCCACUUGGUCACAUCACAACGCCUUUCCCCGUCGCAGCCAUCUCACCAUUGCAAAUUCGGAACCUGACAGGCAAUACCUUGGAUCAGGAUAGUUCCGUUAACAGAGGUUUCACCUACACCUCAGCUCGCCGUGGUAUAGAACCACCGACACCUUCUUUCUUGAUGACACCAACUACCGAAAUUAACGAGAUUCUCGCGGUACCUGAUGUGAGUCGCAGGUCUUCAUUGCACCCGAUGAGUGACGCGGCAGAACUUGAUGACCCAGCUACUCCUCCUUGCUCAUGGAACAUGGAGCGCAAAAUCGCCUACAUUGUCGAUUGCGCUAAGAUGCUCGGGUUUCGCGACUUCGACUCAGUCGUAACGACCUAUUACACCAACUCGUUUGAAGUUAUAUCCCGAGCUCAUGAUAUGCAGAGAGUUAGCAGGAUUCGUGGCCUCGGUUCUGUCCUUCGGACCAUUGAUGCCAGCGCCGAGACCUGGCCACAUCACGAGAGCCAAAUCUAUCAAGCCGAGAUUUUUAAAGCCGCCGAGCACCAUUACAGGGCUGAGUUUCAGAGAGCCAUUGACAGCGGAGCGCUGAUGGUUCUAGAAGAGCGUCAGAGACUGAAGGAGGAUGAAAUGAAUAGGCCGGCGGUUAAGCUUACGUCUCAUAAGAGUGAACUCCUGUCACAGCUUCCAAACCUUUGGACGUUCCUAUUGGAGCUUUCGGAAUGCAACCCUCCAACGUCCUUUAACGCGCUCCUACAUUACUAUUUAUCCUAUCAGAAAGACGUAGCUGCCGACCAAAGGAUAUAAUGAAUCCGGUAUCUGAGAGAGAACAUCACCUAUUUGAUCCUUGUCUAUAGAUCUUGUAUAUAAAAGACUGUCACUGGCGCCUGGGUCUAUUGACUGAUAGUGAAAGCUUAUGAUAUGUCCACGAGAUAUAUCAAGCCAACAAAAUGAAAAAUUACAAAUUCAAGCAAAUCAAAAAUAGACAC